GUCAUAUCAGUUGUUCCUCACAUUACCUGGAUGUGGAUUUCACAGUAACGAUGGACGGCGACUCAAAUGUUCAGGAAGAGCAACCAGUGAAUGUGCCUGACGUUGUCGACGAAUCUCGACCGUCUGUGGACAAAUCGGACAGUGUUCUUGGUGAUUCGGCGAAGACGUUAAACUAUCGUGGCGAGCUAACUAUAGACCAAGGUGAAGUAGAGCGUAUAAACAAUUUGAUCUUACAUGCGAACUUUCGUUUUGUUAUUUACGUCAAUGAAACUGCCAAACAGCCACCCAAGAAGACCAGACUUGAUCCGUCCUUGAGUUUAAAUGACAGUUUUGGCAGCUCCUUUGAAAGUCGAACGCGUAAAUCGUUAUCGACACUGCAGUCAUUAGACAGUCGUGAUGAUGAUGCUUUAACGGUAUCAUCAUAUGACUUGUCAGAAAAGCGCUCGUUACGCAAGCGCAAGCAGCGUGUACGUUACUACGAAGAGUUUGCCGAGGACCCCGUGGAUGGAAACUACCGUGAGGUCAAGCAGGAGAAACCACAAAAGACCCAAAAGGAAUCGUUGAAGAAAGCAGGUAGCAUAGGAGGGUACGAUCAGCGCCAGGUACAACAGCUUUAUCGCGCUGUACCCGUCUUAAGUCGUAACCUGCCAAAGCUGCCCAGGAACACAUGGGAGUACACCGCAUACCGUCUGUUGCAACAGUUGAAAUACCUGGAUAGCGACAAAUGGUUCUGGUACCCUGUUGAUCCCGUGGCCGACGGUGUUCCCACCUAUUCCAAGGUUAUUAAGACACCUAUGGAUUUCUACACUAUAAUCGAGCGGUUACACCUUAGGCAGUAUCCUAAUCCAUUCGCAUUCCAGUGUGAUGUUAGGCAAAUAUUCUUCAAUGCCUUUUUAUUCUACCCUCCCGAUAAUCGCAUAUGGCAGGCUGCAGAGCAUUUAGCCCGCGCUUACGAAGAAAAGCUAGGUCAAACUCGCUACCUUCAUCCGGAUGAAUUCCGUGAACUUUUGUCUACCGGUGAGGAUGCCAUGCGUUCUACAUUGCUCGAUUACAAUGAAGCCACGUUCAAUCGCAAGAGCAAGAUGGCUUCCACCUCAUUCUCUAGUAUGGAUGAUAUAGACCUUAGCAGGCCACUUGAAAAGCGACGUGCAGCACAGAACAACCGCCACAAACACAUUCUCGACCAGUUUAUGUACAAUGACGAUGACGACGACAGCUUUAACGAGCUGUCGUCGGUAGCGUCUGCAGAUGAGUAUAUGAUGCCCGUGGACUCUAUCCGCGCCAAUCAACGCGGAAAUAAGAGGAGGGGGGGUAAUACCAAGUCAUCACAUGGUGCCAAAAAGUCUGGUGUGGAUGGAUACGAUCUCAGCGACUCCGAAUCGAGGAUGCGCUACGUUGGCAACUUUAUCGCACCCGAAACUGGUUACGUACCCCCUCCACCAGCGCCUAUUCCACCCGGGUUGCAGAAGGCCGGUGGAUUUGAGCGCGGGCUCACACCAGCACAAACACGUACAUUGGAUAUCAACCUAUCGCGGCUAGCCCCUAACCAGCGUAAGGCGGCACUGGAGCUUAUUGAAGAUGACCUUGGCAUAUUAGCCGAGGUGUUCAUGAAUGACACGUCGUUCACGUUUGACCCGAAUUUACUCUCCGUGGACAAGCAACGCCGUGUGUUUGUUUAUAUCAACCAAAUGGCUAAGCGCAACCUCGAGGACAUGCAAGCAGCAUUGGAGCGUAACCGUCGUAUCAAGCCAGUGAAGCCUGGCACUAGUGAGCGUGAUAAUAAAGCGACCACACAGUCGAAUCCCUCAGAGAUGUUCGACGCUUCCAGCAGCAGCAGUUCCGAGAUAUCGGAUGUGGCAUCUAACUUCCUAAGCUCAGAUGACUUCUUUGAGUCAUCUGACGAGGAGCAUUCAGGGGCCCAUAAUGGUACAGCUAAAUCUGGUGUCAAGGAUACAUCAUUACCGGAGUACACGCCAGUGGACGAGUUGAAGCCCGAAAAGGUACAACUGACUCGCGGUAUCAUGGGCGACCAUGCUGAUUUCCUAGAUCACGUGGAGUCGCCUCCAGCUAAUGAUGACGGCACCCCUGGACAACAGGGCAAGAAGACCGCGUGGAUGGAGUGGAAGGGCCAAGCUAUACAUCACGGUACGGUAGCGCAGCAGAACGGCGUGAAGCCACGCAGCGUCGAUGAACAAAUAGCUGAGUCCUUUGACGCUAGGAUAUAAACUAUAUCGUGUGUAAUUUAAUCACAAGUG